AUGACGUGGGCAAAGGCUGCGGAAUCUCAUGCUCUCCAGGAGGAGGCAGAGUCUGAGAGUAUAGAGGAAGCGGAGGCGAUCCGUUCUCAGUCGCCCCCACCAUCACCGGACUCUGAAGGGGGCGACUCAGAUGGUCAGUUUCUUCCUGAACUUUAUUGGGCUCACCCUAUCAUGAAAGUUUUGGCAGAAAACCUUGGCAACGCUGGGAAGAUGAAUCGGGAGCUUACCCUUGUCUCUGCUUGCUCUGGCUCAUUGGCAGAAUCGACAGUGCUACAGGUGCUGGGAAUCAGCCACAAGAUUCUGAGUGCCUCUGACAAUGACACCGGUGCAUUGGACUUCAUCCGUGCCAAUUUUGAAGUUGAGCACCUUCAUGACAGCAUGGAAUCCCAGACUUCCGGCCAAACCUGCUUGCUGUGCCGAAGCAAAGGCAAAUGCUGUGUGAUUCCGAAGAGAGCAGAUCUGUUUGUAGCAGGUCUACCCUGCAAGCCAUAUUCUUUGCAGCGUGCAAAACGCUUCGCCUCAGGGUCGGUAAAAGGCCAUAGUGCAUACGAUUUGGCAUUUGGUGAAUUUGCUGAAUGGCUCAAUGUCCACAAUCCGAAAUCUGGGGUGUUUGAGAAUGUCAUGGGGAUGGACAUGGGCGAGGAUUCUGCUGACGAGUCCACUCCACUUCGCAGGACGCCUCUUGCAUUUUGCACGUUCGUUUCUUUGAACUGA